AUGUUACUUCAUGUAGUACAUGGACCGACAUCAUUUUCUGAUUUGAAGACUGUGGAUGGUGUUCUCUACCCAUCCUUCCAGCUUGCCUGUAAAACACGUGGUUUGCUAGAAGAUGACAAACAAUGGGUUCAAACAUUGCAGGAGGCUGCAGUUUCUGAAUCUCCACAGAAGCUUAGAGAGCUGUUUGUUGUCAUGUUGGUGUUUUGUCAGGUUUCUGAUCCUGCUAAACUAUGGGACGAGUUCAAGCUUCAUUUCAGCGAAGAUAUUCUACACAGGCUGGGAAAAUACUUCCCAGAAAAUAAUCAAGUAUCUGUUGAGGCCUGUAAUCAAUGUCUGAUCUUGAUUGAAGAUGCCCUGUUGAGACUUGGAGGUCACAACCUGCAACAAUUCAACCUUCCUCAGCCAACACGAACUGAAAAGAUUGUAGAAAACCCAGAGUAUAUGAGGGAAUUGGACUACAACACUGCUGAGCUUACUUCUUUUGUUGAGAAAAAUGAAAAAAGGUUGACCAAAGACCAGCAAGCAGUCUAUGAGUCUGUAAUUGAUAGCAUUGCUUCAGACAGAAGUAAAGUCUUCUUUUUGGAUGCUCCAGGUGGUACUGGUAAAACGUUUAUAAUAAAUUUGGUAUUGGCUAAAAUAAGAAGUUUGAGAUCCAUUGCUAUAGCAAUAGCAUCUUCAGGAAUUGCUGCUACUUUGUUGGAAGGAGGCAGAACAGCACAUUCUGCUCUAAAACUGCCUUUGAAUCUCUUACAAACAGAUACACCCACAUGUAACAUUUCGAAACAAAGUAACAUGGCUAAGGUAAUGAGAGAUUGUAAAUUGAUUGUGUGGGAUGAGAGUACAAUGGCUCACAAAAGAGCAUUUGAGGCACUCGACCGAACCCUUAAGGAUAUCAGAGCCAAUAAUGAUAUCAUGGGAGGAGUCACAGUUUUAUUGGCUGGUGAUUUCCGUCAAACUCUUCCAAUUAUUCCCAGAGGGACCAGAGCAGAUGAAGUCCAAGCAUGUGUCAAAUCCUCUCCAUUGUGGCCAUAUGUAAAUAAAAUGUCCCUGAGUACAAACAUGAGAGUUUUUCUAGGAGACAAUGCAUCAGCCAAUCAAUUUUCGUCAUCACUCCUCUCAUUAGGGGAUGGUAACUUCCCAGAAUCAGAUGGGAAAGUACUACUUGAGGAAAAUUUGGGUUCUGUUGUAACAAGUUUACCAGAUCUCAUGACGAAGAUUUAUCCUGAUGUUGAAAAUAUUAGAGACAAGCCUAUGGAAUGGUUACGUGAGAGAGCCAUUCUCAGCCCACGUAAUGACAAGGUGUUUGAAAUUAAUGAGCUGAUUUUGAAAUCUUUUGACAACAUUGAAAUGGAAUACAAGUCAAUUGAUUCUGUCUUGGAAAAUGACCAUGCAGUUCAUUUCCCCAUCGAGUUCCUGAACACCUUGGAACCACCCGGUUUGCCAUCCCAUAGCCUACAUUUAAAAAUUGGAGCUCCUAUAAUAUUGCUGCGAAAUUUAAACCCACCAAAAUUGUGUAAUGGGACUAGGCUUCAGAUAACAGCCCUACACAAAAAAAUCAUAGAGGCAACAGUUUUCACAGGCUGUGCAACAGGGGAGUCUGUCUUCAUUCCCAGAAUUCCUCUGAUUCCAUCUGGCUACCAGAUUCCCUUCAAAAGGCUCCAGUUUCCAGUGAAGUUGAGCUUUGCUAUGACCAUCAAUAAGUCUCAAGGACAAACUCUCAAAAUUGCUGGCAUAGAUUUGAGAGAAGACUGUUUUUCACAUGGGCAACUCUAUGUAGCUUGCUCGAGAGUCAGCAGUCCUGAGAGUUUGGUAUUCUUGGCACCUGACAACAAAACUUCAAACGUUGUCUACAAAGAAGUUCUAAAGUAA